CCUCCCGGAAAAGAUGGGCUUCAUGGGCCACAAGGGCCUAGGGGUGAACAAGGCGAGAAGGGAGAGCGAGGGCAGCCUGGACAACCAGCAUAGUGUGGACCAGGCCAUACUUGCAGCAGCAGUUUUUUUUUCUGAUGAUGUGUCAUGCUGAGGAGAAGUGUGCAGGAACUCCUGGAAUCCCUGGCACCCCAGGAGCCAGUGGAUUACCUCGAAGAGAUGGAAGAGAUGGUAUGAAAGGAGACCCAGGCCCACCAGGUCCUCCAGGGCCCCAGGGCAUGCCAGGUCUUCCCGGAAGAGAUGGGGUUCCUGCGGUGAAAGGACCCCAGGGUGAAAAAGGUAACAAGGGGGAGAGAGGGGAGCCUGGACCACAAGGCCUGCCUGCAUCUGUCGAUCCUGAAUUGCAAGAAAGCCUCCAGGUUUUAAAACAUCGAAUUACCAGACUGGAAGGAGUCACAGCAAUAGCCUUUUUGCUGGUGACCAGCCAUGCUGGGGACCACCGUGAAGGAAUGCAGAGAAUCCCUGGCAAACCUGGACUGAACAAAUUGCCUGUAAGAGGAGGAAAGCCUGGUUUAAAAGCAGACCCAGGACUGCAAGCAGGUCUCCCAGGGCCACCAAGUUCCAUGAGAGGUCCUCCCGGAAAAGAUGGGCUUCAUGAGCCACAAGGGCCUGGGGUGAACAAUGCGAUAAGGGAGAGCAAGGGCAGCCUGGACAACCAGGCCUUACCUGCUAUUCGUAAUCCUGAAUUAGAAGAAACCCUCAAAGGAUUCAAAAAUCAAAUUGCCAGACUGAAAGGAAGUAAUCUGUCCGCUUUUGCUUUUCGCCUCACCCAUAGCUUGAUUAACAAGUGUGGAAAAAAUAAGCCAUGAAAUACCAGCUCCUUAAAAAUAGUCUGAGUCUUGUUCCAUUUAUUUUUACAUUCUUUUUAUACAAAGAAACAAGGAUCUUUGGGGAUGGGCAAUGAUACAUUCUGUAUUGUGUUAAAGAGGUUAACUUGCGGACUAUAUAAUUAGUUACUAGGGUUCCUCCUAGCAGCCCCAGAUAACUGUGAUAGGUUGAAACACUGAUGAAAACAAGUCAGAGGUGGCUUAUUGCAUAAUCCCUUUCUGUGAAGAAGUGCUUUCAGGAGUAUCUCUCUGGGUCACCCGAGUUCUGUGAGUGACGCUGAUGGCCAUCACAGUUAAUCUGUGGCUACAAAAGUGACAAGUGUCAUAUCUAACUAAGGCCUGCAAAGAUUUAUGCAUGUGCUCAACUUUAUACACUGUGAAUAGUCCCAGUGAAGUCAGUCCCAUUACUCAGUGUAUGCAAAGUUAAGCAGGUGCACUAGUCUUUAAAAGAUAGGAGCCUAAGGAGCAAAGUGGAUUUUCUUUAUUUAAAAUUCUUCUCUCUCUCCUUCAUUUCUUCCCCUGCCAUCCACAUUCCCUUUGACUCCUUUUCAUUUUAAUUUCUCUCUCUCCACUUCAUCAUAUUCAUAUAUUUCUCCUCUCUUUUCCAUCUCUUUCCCAUCUCCUAUUCUCUUCUAGUCUUAUAACUCUAAUGAAUUCUCCUCCCCUUCUCUUUUUCCCUUUUCAAGUCCCCUCCUCCAUUCUCCUCUCUUCUUGAGUUUAUAUUCUCUUUGUUCUGAAGUCACUAGACAGGAGCAAUAGUCUACUCAAUUUAGCAUGUCAUUGAUGUUACAUCCAGCAGAGGGCAGUGUUUGGUAGGAUAGCAUGACAUAGCCUAUGCUCUGGGGUUUUUUAAUCUAGGGGUGGGGAAGGAGAGAGUUGUAUGAAGUUUGCAAUUUGUGUUGCUUAUUUUAUUUGGAAGGGUUAUUUUAUUAUAGAAGAAUACAGAAAGAGGGAGUCCCACUAUAGUAGUAAUCGUGAGAGUGUAAAAUGAUUCAAAAAAGUUUAACAAGAGCUUUUGCUUUAUUUUGUGUAGUCUUUGCUUUGGAUGGGACCAUAACAACAAAAAACGUUUGCUAUCAAUGGACAAGAAGUCGAUUUUGAGACCACACUGGAAGCAGGCAAAUAAGCGGGUGGUUCCAUUGCAUCUCCCAGGAAUAAGGGGGAGAAUGAUGCUGUUUUCAGUAUUGUGAGGUUAUUUAACAGAUAUGCAUAUCUGGGCAUUAAGGGGGGUGGGAUUCCAGGUAAAUUCAGUUUCCUGGAUGGAACAGCCGUAAAUUAUACAAACUUGCAUGCAGGUGAGCCCAGUGACAUAGGGGAAGAAAAC